AUGGCAGACGCAGAUAUGAUUGACUUUACGCGACGAGAUGAGGGUGAUCCAGAGGAGUAUAUGGAAUUAACUAGACGAGAAAAAUUGAUAUGUAUGGAGAUUAAGCUUCGGAUGUAUGAGGAUGAUG